GCACUGCAGCGCUCCGCCGUGAAACAGGGCCCUGGGCAGACCAUUCCUUGGCUCGGAUCAGGAUGCGGUCAGCCCACUGCACCAUCCUGAUCGGCACAGCACCGGUCCUCUUUCAAGCUGCAGCAGCCGCCUUCUGCGGGCUGUGACAGCCAACCGAAACCGCUGUCUGAGUUGCAGGACCUACACAAGAUAGCAUGUCAUUCUUUGAUGAUGCAGAGUGGCUACAAUCACAUAUUGUUAAUUCAUUCAUCACCAGUGAUGACACAGGUCUUUGUGAGAUGGUGAUGUCCAGUGAGUGUGCGUCCUCCGGCGCGGCCGCCGGUGACCCCUCCGAGCGGGAUACCUACUUCGAGCCUCACUCGAUCGACAUCGUAAUGGACAUGGACAUCGGCGGCCACCGGCGGCGCUCCAACACUUCACAGCGGCUCGACAAACUGAAGAAGGAGCGCAAAAACGCGGCACGCAUCAAACACAUCAUCUGGCAGCCCAACGCCGACCCCUUGCCAGAUGCUGACCGGGAUUUUGUGUUCGAGAAGAAGCCCAUCGUUAUUGCUGAGCGGCCAAAGACGUCACUGCUGACAGAGCAGCUCAACUCGCUCGACCUCUCCGACAAUCCGUUCACCGAGUACUCCAAGUUUGACGGCAGAGCGCACGCCGGGGUGCCGACGCGGCGCAUCAACAUCUUUCUGACGAUGGCGCCGCCCGAGGAGCAGGCGUUCCCGAUGUCGGUGACGGUGGUGGCCAGCGCGCGCGUCUCGGAGCUGAUCGGACUCAUCUGCUGGCAGUACACCAGCGAGGACAGAGAGCCGCCGCUACGCCACUCGCCGGAACUGUACAGCCUGCACAUCGCUGAGGACGAUGGGGAGGUGGACUGGGACUUUCCGCCGCUCGACGACCGAGAAACGGUGGCCAAGUUCGGCUUCAGCGUGCUGGCCCUGGUCGAGACCGAGCAGACCGAGGUCACUGUGAACGUGGACGGCCGGGACGGUCAGGACCAGGUGACUCUGUCGCUGAAGAAACGCAACGCCACGGUGGCUGAGAUUCUGAACGCGGUGGUGUCGCAGCGGCCUGACCUUGCUCCAGAUAAUGAGGUGGAGCUGGCGCUGGAGCGAGCCGACAACAGCAGCACGGCGGCGUCUCCACUAAGCGCCGACACGCGUCUUUCACAGCUUGCCUGUCAGCACUUCAACCUCAUCAAGACUACGUCCGCCCGAAAACACAAGGACACGGCUGUGGUGGAGGAGCCGAAUUUCAGCGGGCAGAUGUCCGCCAUGGAAGCCACCGUCUACCAGACCUUCAAGGUCAACAUGCUCUCCAGCCUGGUCAUCAAGGCGCCCAUCCAGCUCGGUAUUUCGGGUGACCGUGUUGAGAUCGACCCGGUCCAGAUGCGCUCCUCCCUGAACGUGUCUAAAUUUCUGAGCAAGCCGCGCGCCGUGACGUAUCAGAUUGACUGCAUCAUGGAGUGUCGCCUACUGGACGUCAAGUACGGAGGGCGUGCGGUGCUGCGCCUGGUGUACAUGCUGCCCUCUGACGGCGGCUACAAGCACCACGACCUGGAGGCCGACCUGGGCACGGCCAAGGAAAUCGUCCGCAAGCUCGAGUACAUCCUCGACUUCCGCUCCAGUAUGAACCGCAAGACAUACCUGCAGCAGAAGGAGAAGCGUACUCUUCUCGGCACGCUGUCCUCGGGAAAGUGAGGACGGGGUGCCGGGGAUGGGAGAAGUGGGGUGCCUGUACCUGCCCGGCGGCCGCCUGGUGAGCGUCCGCGCGGGGUGAAUCACCAAUGCAACUGUCGUGUUUUAUACUGUACCUAAGUGGUUUACCUAUAUUGGAAGCGUUUUAAUCAGUGUCGGUGGCCGGUGUUUUCGGAAUGUCGUGUAAGAAGUAAGAACCACUGGCGGGUUUCGAGCCUGCCUCUCCGCUGGUCGGAGUGUGGCUCGACUUAUUGAAGUGCUGUGACUGUCAUGUGUUCAUGUAAACUGUAUCAUAUAUACAUUGUAAUCUCGA